CGUGAGGUUUGGGAGCUGGAAACGUUCUGGUGUCCUGAUAAUGCUCCUUUCGGGAAACUGCCUCCCAACCCCUGAUGUUGCAAGAAGGUUUCUGGAAAUAGGGAAAUAAUGUAAUCUGCCCCCUCACUGUUCUGGGUACCCAGUGUCUGCUUGUCUGGGACAGGGUGACCCUGCUUGGAGUCCUGCUAUGACCGUGGUGCAGCCGAUCCUGAGAACAUUCUCGGCGAUGGUGCUGCCCAGGUGGGUCCUUGCCUAUAGCUGGCAGCCCUGGAACGAGUGGGAACUGUCUGAGUAGUGACCUUACUUCGUCAUGUGGUCAGGGGCGCUACAGUUCUCGAUUCUGAGAAGCGGAGGAAGAGCUUGCGUCACUUCCAGUUAGAAGCAUGAGCUGGUGUUUCCAUCACCGCUUACUCCCGUCGUUUUCCCCGCCCGGAGGAUGUGGGGGAGGCAGCCGCCUGGCGCUCCCGCCUCCCCUCCGCUCUGCAAGAGACUGAAAAGCUUUUUGUCUCGAUAGCGCCAAUGCCGGAGCAGGGCAUUGCCGAUGAUGCCGGCGAGGGGCUGGCUUACCUCUCCGAGCUGCCGCUUUGAAUAGGCGCUCACGACCCGCAAGCACUGGAUUGCAUCAGGCGCGGCCCGCCGACGGGCGGGUCCCAGCUUGAGUGCUGGACAGGAUGGUGCUGGCCCCUGCCUUGCUCCUGGAUGCCCAACAGUUCUCCCAGGACUGGCAUUUCCCAUCACUUAGUGCCUGUUGCUCCCAGGACUGAGGGGUGUAGCGGAGCGCACGGAGGUCGGGGACAGUCACCGCACAAGCCGCGGGCGGAGCUCCGCUCGCAGCCCCUGCAGCGGGCUGGCCUCUCCUCGCCUCGCUCCCCGCCGCGGUGGGGCAAGGCCGGGGCAGGCUCGGUUCUCAUGCCACAGUUGGACUCGGGGGAUCCUCAGCUUCUCCCUCCGUGGCGUUCCCGAGGGACCAAGGCGCCUUGCCCUGCUCUCUUGCCCGCAGCACCCGCACUCCUGCCGGCCCAGCCGGGCCUCGCUCCGGUGCCACUUGUCACGGGAAUUCAUAUUUUCGAAAACGCGCGGGAAGCGGGGCGCGGGUGGGGCUGGAAGGAAGCUCGUCUCUGCCCUGCUCCCCGCCUACUCCCCUGAGGCUUGGGGUGGAAGCUGAUGCACACUGUUCCCGCCGCCCUUUUAUACCAGUUUUUCACGGGCGGACCUUCUCUCGCUCUGUGCUCUGUGCUCUUGGCCGCGGCACGGAACGGAGUUCACCUAAAGGGGAUCGCACGGGGGCGAGCCGAGCCGAACCGCGCCGCAGGGCUUUUCACCAGCUGAGCUUCACUGAGGAGAAGACAAGAUGUUGGGGGAAAAAAUGACGGGUUUUGGGAAGAAGCUGAUCCGCCGGCGCAUGGUGGACCUGAGCUCCGAUGACACACAUUUUGCUCGCUGCCUCUCCACACUGGACCUCGUGUCCCUGGGGGUGGGCAGCACACUAGGGGCUGGUGUGUAUGUGCUGGCCGGGGAGGUAGCCAAGGAGAUGGCUGGUCCCUCCAUCGUCCUCUGCUUCAUGGUGGCUGCUUUCUCAUCGGUACUGGCUGGACUCUGCUAUGCAGAGUUUGGGGCCCGUGUCCCCAAGGCUGGCUCUGCGUACCUCUACAGCUACGUUACCGUUGGCGAGAUCUGGGCUUUUAUAGCCGGGUGGAACCUCAUUCUCUCCUGUGUGAUAGGUACGGCUAGUGUGGCUCGAGCCUGGAGUGCAACAUUUGACAACAUCAUCGGCAACCACAUCUCCACCUUCUUUGCCACCAACAUCCCAAUGCACGUGCCAGGAGUGCUGGCUGAGCAUCCAGACUUCUUUGCUUUGAUCCUGAUUUUGCUGCUUACUGUACUGCUGGCUUUUGGUGUCAGUGAAUCUGCCCUCGUGAACAAAAUCUUCACAGCGGUGAACCUCUUGGUGCUGAGCUUUGUCAUCAUUGCUGGCUUCAUCAAGGGAGAUAUCAAGAACUGGCAGCUUUCAGAGAAGAGCUGUGUCAACUGCUCGCUGCUAGACCCACUGGAUGACAUGAAAAAUGCUUUUGGCUCUGGUGGGUUUUUCCCCUUUGGACUGGAAGGGAUGCUGACUGGUGCUGCCACCUGUUUCUAUGCCUUCGUGGGCUUUGACUGCAUUGCUACCACAGGGGAGGAAGCCAGGAACCCGCAACGCUCGAUUCCCAUUGGCAUCAUUGUGUCCCUCCUCAUCUGCUUUGUGGCUUAUUUUGGGGUUUCUGCAUCCCUGACUCUCAUGGUGCCCUACUUCCUCCUGAACAAAAGCAGCCCUCUGCCUGAGGCUUUCAAGGCGGUUGGUUGGGAGCCUGCCCGCUACGCCGUUGCCGUUGGCUCGCUCUGUGCCCUCUCCACCAGCUUGCUAGGCUCCAUGUUUCCCAUGCCCCGAGUGAUCCAUGCCAUGGCAGAGGACGGGCUGCUCUUCAAGUUCCUCUCCCGGAUGCACAGUGGCAGAAAGACACCUCUGAUCGCCACCUUUGUCUCGGGGUUCUUCGCAGCUAUGUUUGCCGUCCUGCUUGACCUGAAGGACCUGGUGGACCUCAUGUCGAUCGGCACGCUGCUGGCCUACUCCCUGGUGGCGGUGUGCGUGCUCAUCCUCCGGUACCAGCCCAGACAGCCAAACUCCCCGAAGGCCGUGGAAAUGCUGGAGCUGAAUGGGAACGAGGAGGAGAGAGUGAUCAUGAACCCAGCCAUCACUGCUGCUAGUGCCCAGCACAAAGAGACCUUGUCCCUGGCGAUGCUGUUCAACCCGCCUGGGGACACCCCCACUGCGCUCUCGGGACGCAUUGUCUAUGUCUGUGUCGCAGUCAUUGCUGCACUGAUCACAGUCAUCUGUGUGGUCCUGACCCUCAAUCUGACUGCGCUGAAGAAUGCCAGUGUGGGCUGUGUUGUGGCUCUGGUGCUGCUCCUCGUGGCUCUGCUCAUUUUCACCAUCAUCAUUUGGAGGCAGCCGCAGAACAACGCACGGUUAAACUUCAAAGUCCCUUUCCUGCCACUUGUGCCAAUCUUCAGCACCUUCAUUAACAUCCUGCUGAUGGUCCAGCUGAGUGCGGGCACCUGGGCGCGGUUUGCCAUCUACAUGGUUGUGGGUUUCAUUAUUUACUUCGCCUAUGGGAUUUGGAACAGCGUGGAAGGGAAAAAUGCGGAACAAGCCUGUGCCACAGCAGAAAAACCUCUGCACCAACCUGGACUGGACCUCAGCCCUGGGGCUGCUGCAGUCUGAGGGCCUGGGGACCAGUGCUUCAUGGACCUCUUUUUCACUUAGGUACAAGAUCAUGAUCCAGAGACUACAUCCAUCCCCUCUCCUGCAGAGACUGAGUCCCAGAGUGAAGUACUAAGGUCUGAACAACAGGCCCUGAGUCAAAGCUGACCUAGGAUGAGCAUUCCAUCCAAAUGUUGUAUGUUUCCACUCAUUAACAAAGUAUUAUUAUAUGUACUUAUUGGCAAAACAUAUUCACCUUUCUGUAUCUAGAAACAGCAUAAGGCCACAUCUGGCCUAAUUAGGGGGUAUAGGAUCAAAGACAACUCCCUUAGAUCCCCUUGAGCCUUGGCCAGGCUUUGGGAGAAAGCUGACAGGAAAAUGAAAUUAGAAAUUAUGUCAGCUGGUUUGUUUAGCAGUGUAAAAACCGGGCCACUGUCACAGCAAAGUGGGGGAGCCUCGUGGCCUGCAAAGGAGGAGGCACUGCAGGAAUUCCCAGUUCCUGGCGUGGUUCUCCAGUCCUUGGCUGUGACAGCUUCCCCCCAGAGCUGAUGUCCCUUGGGCUUUUGGGCUUGGAUGAUGUCUGAUGGAUCUUCCUUAAUCACUGUAGGCAUUCUUUCAAUGUCCCUUUGCAAUUCUUUGCUCAUGGUUAGGUGCCUUGCUUAGCUUAUCCUUCUGUGAUUCUUUGCAGUUUUCCAUCGUAGUAAAUGCCACUGUUCCUUAAGUCGGUGUCUGUGUCUCUGACCCUGCUCGCCAGCAAAACAAAAUCAGCGUAGUCAGCAGGUUCAGAACAAACUGUUGCUUUUAAAAUUUAAAUGAAGGUAAUCAGUCCUGUAUGAAAUUCCCAGAUGGGAAGACUUUCCAUAUAGUUCACUGGUCCUCAGGUGGGCUAAGGUUGGAGGACCAUGUGAGCAAUGGGGAAGUCAGUUAAAAGAAGUUGAACUGCUGGAUGAAUUGAAAUGCAUCCAAAAUUCGCAUACUGACAAAGGAAAAGAACUUGUGGAUUUGGAAAGGCAAGGAUGGAUUUUGUUAACAGUAUAUCAAACAAAACACCAACAAAAGGAACAGUUGUUGAAAUGCUCUAACAUGGACCAACAGAUGUGAGCUGCAGAAUCAAAUUGUAAUGCUAAAAUGCCAAAAUAAGCUGCUUGCUGAUAAGAUGGAUUUACCAGACUUGCUGAGAAGGGUGCAGUUAGAGUAGCUCAUUAUAAGGAAAGGAGGGGGCAAGUGAGUCACAAGAAAAUACAUGCAGUGAUUGCAGAGGCAGGUGUGCAGUGCGAUCCUGAUAAAUGAAAUGGAGAUAUUUGGCAUUCUGUGAAUUCUGAUGAGGUUGAUUCCCAAGACGAAUUUGUAGAUUGGAGCAUAGAGACGAAAGGUAGAAUUCGAUGCUAAUGGUCAGGAGGGAUACUCAUAGAGGAUCAUACUCAGCAUGAAGUAAAUUAAAUAUUUGAACAGUUAGGAAAAAACAGAGGAAUCUCUUUUCUCUUGGGUGGUGUGCUUGCAUGACCAGGGAGCAUCAGAGAUAACCCUAGACUCAGGGGACUCUAAGAAGCUUUUAGAUUGAAUUUGGAUUCUUUUGUGCAGGAUGCAUUUUGGAAUAACAUUCACCAUACUGAUUUGUUAGCUUUGCCUGGUUUUGGAUGUAAUACUAAAUACCCUACAGCAAAUUAUUAGCCUGGAUCUGAAAGUCAGUGGUACACUUUGUGAGAUUGUGUUAGAGGAGAUGCAUGAGAACCUCUUGUGUUUUUGUAUUUGUAGAUAAUGUUACUGAAGAAACAAGUAGUCACUCCAAUAUUUGUACCUGUAACUUUAUUGCAAUGACAGGCUUUUAGUUAUUUAUUUUUUGUUUCUAUUUUUUAAAUGAAGAUUUUUAGUUUUUUACUUCCUGUUAUAUCCUGCCAAUUUUUGGAAUCUAACUAUACCCUGAUUCAAGACUUGCAGCCUACUUCCAUUGGUGUGAACUGGUAAAGGUAUUGUUCCAACACACAGACCUGAGGCUUGCUGAAACAAGCCCAGGAGAAUGGAGAAAAGGCUUUGAUUGCUGUCCAUCAUGGCAUGGCAGAAAUCCAUCAUGUGAUGGAGAUCAUGGAUGGUGGGACAUUCUUUUUGGAUGGGUGCCUACAGCUACCAGAAUUCUUAAUUGAGUACUUCACCCUGGUGUUGUUUUAUUGAUGCUAAUCCUGUUGCUUUUUGUUGUGAUAAUUGCAUUGUAUGUUAAGGUUUGGAUGAUCACGAAACAAUUAUCUUACCAACUACCUCCACUGAUUACUAGACAAUCCAUGUGGUACCAAAGCAUGAAAUGUUCUCAAGCUCUAUUUGGAUAUUGUGAAACUUGAAUGACUAUAGUCACAGGGUGUAUUGUGUAGAAAAAUGACUGGGAACUCUGUGGACAGGUAGCUGGUGGUACAAUUAGAGGAAACUGAGGACUUAGAACAUUAUGGAAAUUAUACGGUAUAUUUAUCCCUUAAUUUGGUGUCUGUGUCUCUGACCCUACCUACUGGCAAAACAGAGUCAGGACUGCAGAGCUGGGUUGUGUGCUGCCUCUUCCCCUCACAGGGGAGUCCCCUGGCUGGGUGGGCACUCCCCUGGGGAGUGCUGGUGGCCCAGGGCUGGUCUCUGCCCUCCUCCAGUCCCACGGAGGGGCAGUGACACCAGCACAGCCCCCUGGCCAAGAAAAUUGCUUUCUCGGUGCACAGGAGGCCCCACAUGAUGGUGCAGCUGUACUCAUUCCAUCUGCCAUGUAGCUGUGUUCACCACCUCCUCCCUGCCUUCCAAGUGCCAGACUUGUACGUGGCAGCCAUGGCUGGAGCUCUGCAGGAAGGCUUACUGCAACUUGUUCUAGUACUCAUAGAACUCUGGUACUCACUGCUAGCAAACUGGUACUGCCCUGACCAUGCUGUUUGAUGUAAUUAUCUUGCUCAAGUGUCAGUGAGAUGUCCUCAGUGUAGUUGUACUUGUGUCCAACCUCAUCUGCCUUUCUAAAAUUUUAAGGUCAAUUUUUAAAUCUAUUAAAUUAAAUGUUUUUAAGUGCU